AGAUCUAUGUAUGAGUUAAUAUUUAUUUUUCUAUUGAUAUUCAAUAAAUAAUAUUAAAAAUAACAUACGUUUCUUCCGCAAAUUACUGUUUAUAGUUUUUAUUUUCUAAAACAACAUGGAUGAAAUUGGCUUGUCAGGAAACGAGCAAAAGGAUGAAUCUAAUUUGCCUGACUCACGGCCUGGAACAUCCAUGGCUGGAGGAUCUGGGGAUCCUAUGAAUCCAGAUGUAGAAGAUUUGUAUGUCAAAUAUAAGAAAUUAGAGAGACAGUUAGAGUUUUUAGAAGUUCAGGAAGAGUACAUCAAAGAUGAACAGAAAAACUUAAAGAAAGAAUAUUUGCAUGCGCAAGAAGAAGUCAAGAGAAUUCAAAGUGUGCCACUGGUGAUUGGUCAGUUUUUAGAGGCUGUUGACCACAAUAAUGGCAUUGUCGGCUCAACUACAGGCUCCAACUAUUAUGUUAGAAUCUUGAGUACCAUAGACAGAGAGCUAUUGAAGCCAUCAGCAAGUGUUGCACUCCACAAACACAGCAACGCACUGGUGGAUGUCCUACCCCCUGAGGCAGAUAGCAGCAUCACCAUGUUACAAGCUGAUGAGAAGCCAGAUGUUGCUUAUCAUGACAUUGGAGGUAUGGACAUACAAAAGCAGGAAGUUAGGGAAGCUGUGGAGCUGCCUUUGACUCACUUUGAGCUCUACAAACAGAUUGGCAUUGAUCCUCCUCGUGGGGUCCUCAUGUUUGGGCCACCUGGAUGUGGGAAAACUAUGUUGGCCAAAGCAGUGGCCCAUCAUACCACGGCUGCAUUUAUUCGUGUUGUUGGUUCUGAGUUUGUCCAGAAAUAUUUGGGAGAAGGCCCCAGGAUGGUGCGUGAUGUGUUUCGUCUAGCUAAGGAGAAUGCACCUGCCAUUAUAUUUAUUGAUGAGAUUGAUGCUAUAGCUACAAAAAGAUUUGAUGCUCAAACAGGAGCUGAUAGAGAGGUCCAGAGAAUCCUUCUAGAACUUUUAAAUCAGAUGGAUGGCUUUGAUCAAACUGUCAAUGUCAAGGUAAUCAUGGCCACCAACAGGGCAGACACACUUGACCCUGCGUUACUCCGACCUGGAAGGCUGGAUAGAAAAAUAGAGUUCCCCCUACCAGAUCGUCGACAGAAACGUCUUAUUUUCUCCACCAUUACAGGGAAGAUGAACCUGAGUGAUGAGGUAGACCUUGAGGACUACGUGGCCAGGCCUGACAAAAUUAGUGGUGCUGAUAUCAAUGCUAUAUGUCAAGAGGCUGGCAUGCAAGCUGUCAGGGAGAACAGAUAUGUUGUACUGGCCAAAGAUUUUGAAAAAGGUUACAAGAACAACAUCAAGAAGGAUGAAACAGAACAUGAGUUUUAUAAAUAGAUGCAUUCAGUGUUUGUUGUCCAUGUGUGAUUGUUUUCUAUACAAGUUGUUUAUUUAAUUUACCUCAAAGGUAUACAAUGUCUGAGGAUCCAUUUCUCAUUAAAACAUUUUCUUUUUGAACCCA